AUGUCUGGCGGUUGUGCAGUGUGUGAAGAGCCACUAGUGGUUCUGCUCGAGUCAGACAGUGAAGCAGAAGACUCCAAACAGAGUGCAGAUACCUCGGACAGCGUUCCUGAUGAUGUUGAAUUGAACUGCGGUUGCCAUUUUCAUUGGGAGUGCUUUUUGGAAUCCUAUACCAUUACUCAAUGUCCGAAUUGCUCGAAAGAUAUAUCUUCUUCCACUACUGAAGGCCAACAGCAAGUCCUUUGCACUGUCCGCAACGAAGGAGGCGUUCAACCCAACUUUGAUAUCCUACCUACUGCCACCGAGGAAGCCUAUCUACGAGCCUUUCCAGAAGAACGACGGGGACAUGCUUUCCUAGAAUUCUGUCGAGAAGGUGACAUUGACGCUGUCCUGCACCUAAUCAAGGACGACCCAGACAACGAUAUCGGAGAGGAGGACGAGGAGGAAACAGACAUCUUGAGGUAUGUUGGCACAUUUGAAGGCAUAUCUGGAUCUGCAUUGCAUGUCGCUGUACGUUACCAGCAGGAAGAAGUCGCAUGGCUACUACUCGCCAUCGCCUCCAACCUAGACUGGGCCAAAUUUCCGCAACCUGUACUGCAGGCGAUGCAGAGCCUGGGCCUAAGCAAAAGCGAUCGCAAGGCCGAGCCAGACAUACGUACACUGAAGGAUGACAAUGGUAUGACAGCAUUGGAUUUGGCUAAAGAGAUUGGUGGCUUCUGGUCCGCCUGGAUCGCCGACGGUCGAUUCAAUGCUUGA